UCACGUUGCCACUGCGGAGCCUCGCGGUUUCGGGGAAGGCGGGUGAACUGGACGCGGACUCGGUGUUUAGUGCUCCGCUGUCCGGUGGCAGUGACACGCUCAUUCUGGAGACUUCGCAAACGAGUGGAAUUACGUGAAAUAUCGUAUACGAAAGGCAGCACACGACCAGGAAUUCUUUACAACCUUGAACUUCGCAGUUGGACUUACCUGGAGUUUUGUGUUUUUUUGGUCUCGCGCUACUUUUUUCCCCAGCGUUUGAUUGUUUUUUUUUUUUGAGAUUUCACGCCCUUCUACCCGUAAAAAGGCGCACCAUAGCGACGGUGAACAUGAGCGGUGCGCUCACUAGGGCCGCUGCUUCGCCGAAGCAGACUUUUUGAGACAUGGCUAAGAUCCAGGAGAACGGGGUACGGAGCGGCCCGUCGCCGAGUCUGAAGGGAACCCGGGAGAGCCCGAGUGACAAGGACAGCAACUCCAUGGGUUCCGAGUCGGAGAAGAACGGCUUCGCCGACACUCACACCGACAAGUACGGCUUCAUCGGCGGAGCGCAGCAGAGCCUCGAGGACUCAAUUGAAGAUAUUCCCCCAGAGGUGCUGAGACAGAGAGAAGCCAAAUGGCUGGACAUGCUCAACAGCUGGGACAAAUGGAUGGCAAAGAGGCACAAGAAGAUUAAGCUCCGAUGUCAGAAGGGGAUCCCACCUUCUCUUCGUGGCCGUGCCUGGUUAUACUUAUCAGGAGGCAAAGUCAAGCUGGAGCAGAAUCACGGCAAGUUCCAGGAACUGGACUCGCAGGCUGGAGAUCCCAAGUGGUUGGAUGUAAUUGAGAAAGAUCUCCAUCGCCAAUUUCCCUUUCAUGAGAUGUUUGUGUUACGUGGAGGACAUGGACAGCAGGAUCUGCAUAGAGUGCUGAAAGCUUACACCCUGCACCGCCCAGAGGAGGGCUACUGCCAGGCCCAGGCUCCCAUUGCUGCUGUCCUGCUGAUGCAUAUGCCAGCCGAGGAAGCGUUUUGGGUGCUGGUACAGAUCUGUGAGAAGUACCUGCCAGGAUAUUACAGUGCUGGACUGGAGGCAAUCCAGCUGGAUGGGGAGAUACUCUUCGCUCUGCUUCGUAAGAUUUCACCUGUUGCCCACAAACACCUAAGCAAAUAUAAGAUUGAUCCGAUCCUCUACAUGACUGAGUGGUUCAUGUGUGCCUUCUCCCGGACGCUUCCCUGGGCAUCUGUGCUGAGGGUCUGGGAUAUGUUCCUGUGUGAAGGUGUCAAGAUCAUCUUCCGAGUGGGGCUGGUCCUCCUCAAGCUCAUGCUUGGUUCUCCUGAGAAGCUAAAGGCUUACCAAGGUCAAUAUGAGACCAUGGAGUUACUGAGGGCCAUCAACCCCAAAUAUAUGCAGGAAGCUUUUCUUGUCAGAGAGGUGAUUGAAGUGCCCAUAUCAGAGCGUGAAAUUGAAAAGGAGCACCAAGUUCAGUUGAAGCGCUGGAAGGAGAAACAUGGCGAUCUGCGUUGCAAAUCGCCUCCCAGGAUGCACGGGGCACGAGCGAUCAUGGAGGCCGAGCCGCAUACACGCCAGGACCUACACCAGGCCCCAACUAUCAUCAUGGAGUCCCCGAAAGAAAAUUCAAACUUUAAAAAGAACAAGAAAGAAAAUAAGAAAAAGGACAAGAGUAAAAAAACGCCACCUAGUGCUUCAUUUGAGAACCGCAGCCAUUCAGCGCCUGAAGUGGAGCCUGUGACACCAGUCGAUACCGUCCGCAGUUUGGAGAAAAACUCUCCAUGGCAAGGCUCGAGGCAAAGCUUGAGCUCGAGCAGCACGGAGCAGGACACCUACUUGUAACCAAGCAAUUGGAAAAACCUGCAAGACGUUGGUCUUAGUAAGGGAGGAUUACGAGUUUAUGCCAAUCCGUUGUAUAUCCAGUCAGUGCCACCUUUUUUUUUUUUUUUUUUUUUCCUGAAUUGUUGUGUAUGAGUGGCAUUGGACUAACUUGACAGUUUGGAAAUAGUUACUCUUUUUUAGGCUUUAGUUAAAAUGUGCCAUUGCACUCCACAUAUUUAAUUUGGUUAACAAAUGUAAUGUUGCAGAGAAAAAGGAAAUGUAGCAUCUGAGGUGCCUGUGGUAUCUGGGAGUGAGGAGAAUGAUGGGCUCAUUGCAACCAGACUGCUGUCUUCAUGGCCUUAGAGCUGGGCAGUGCCAGUCUCUUGUUAAAUGCUGGGUUCCAGACCUUAUUUAUUCCUGACAUUUUUAUUUUGGGGUUUCUCUUGUUUUCUGUUUAGCUAUUUAAAGCUGCACCCUACCAUACAGGCGCAAUCCAAAUGAACCGGUCGUCUUGGCAGUAUAAAUCUGCAGAAGGAGUGGGCUGGCGAACUCUCUUAGGACCAAGGAGGACUUGCAUCUUUAUGUAUCAGAAGUGCAGUCUGAUUGGGGAGGUGGUGUGAAACAUUUGAUGUGGGCGACUCUAGCUAAAUUAUUUUGUUUAUGCUCCUUUCUGCACAGUGUAUUUACAUAACAUAAAAUCUAUGUAGACAUAUUUUAACCAAAAAUGCACUUGAAUGUUAUGAAACUGUGCUUUGAGUGCUCCAAAAGAAGAGUGAGAAGCACAACAGAUUAACGGGACCUGGGAGUUGUGGAUAGGCACGUUGGGGCAGUAAUGCACUCCACACUUAGGUCAUAAAGGUUAUUCAGGUGUUGGGGUUUGGUGGAUAACUGCUGGCCGCUUGUUAUUCAGUGAAUGUCUUAAUUUUCAGAGCUUUGCUCGUGCUAAGCAUGUCAGCAGAUAGCAAGGAGGAAGAUGAGCUUUGAUGACACUAAUGGGAAUUGAGUUUUCUUCACAUUAGAAGGAAUGACUGCUGUCUUUCAAAACCGUUUAACACUAACCCACACGUCUUGUUUUCACGAUUGUAUCAAGCACUUUCCCAUUUGUGUGUGUGUGUGUGUGUGGGUGUUUUGUCUUGGUGAGCGACCUCUGCUGGACACACAAGGCCAGUGCUGCUCUUUGAACUCUGCAGAGUUGGCACUCACUGGUCACAAGUGUUUUCGGAGUGUAUGAACUGUAAGCUUAAUGCUUGUCCAGCAGGGGGUGCUGCAGACCUCUGAAUCGACCCUUCCAGAUGUCUUACUUGGCGCUCGUUGUAUUUGGAAGGCUGUUUGAGGAGCCCUCCAGUGAGCCACUUCAUUAGCCACUUUUGUUCUCCCUUUUCCCCCCAUACAUACUCUCCUAAUUGAUGGGGAGUAAAUAAUUCAAAUGUUUUAUAAAUAUAUAUAAAUAUCUAUUUUACAAUAAUGAAUUAUGUUGUAUUUAAUACUUUUUUUCUGUACAGACUGUUUGCCAUAAAUAAAUUUGAUACUCGGUUCA